UUCACCAGUAGCCACAUCCUUGUGUAUAUUUCUUCUUCUACUUCUUCAACCCCCCUUGCUACCAGCCGCUCACAAGAACGCAAUGGUCCUGCAACUCUCUACAUCCCCAUUUGCCGCAAGAGCAUCGUCUUCAAAACUCACUGGACCGACUGUCAGCUCCAAUGCCUCGUCUGUCACAACUACUUCGCCCUCAUCGCCCAUCUCGCGCCUCUCCUUCUUAUCUGACAAGGCCAUAGGACGGCACCAUGACCUCCACAAACGCUCGAAACAUAGCUGUAAUAGUCGCACGUUGUCCUUAGUGGAGAAUACAGCCACCAUAGCCAACGGCGCUACUGGAACUGAAUUGGAUCAAACAACAAAGAGCCACAGCAGCAGCAGCAGCAGCAACAGCAGCAACGCUCAGGUAUCACCAGAAUCAGUAACAACAGCAGUAGCAGUAGCGAAUCUGUGGGGGAGGACUCUUUUCCGGAUCAUGGGCGUCGUUUCUGGAAUCUCCACACUUCUCAUCGUACCCACACUGAAGUCUCAAGAAUUCGGCAGUAGCUUUGGGCGUGGAUCGCAGUUUCUCACCGUCUUGGGUUUAUUCCUGACCAUGGUGUGCCUCAGUCUCGGAGCCGCUAGUGAUCUGCUGAAGAUGCCGACAGAGCUCGCAGGUUUAUUACGCAUCAAGAAUGCCAUCUUGCCAGUGGCUGUUCCAGCCGAAUGUGCGGUUGCGAUCCUGUACUGGUACCUUACCCUGACUGACGUUUACAACAUUUACCCCGACGGCAUUCGCUAUCUUCCAUUCUGGCUCGACAUCCAGAUGCAUGGUCUUCCAUUCGCCUAUGUAUUCAUCGAGAUGUUCUGUUUCUCAGAGACCUUUAAAGUCCGACGUGUCGCCGACUUUUGCGCCCUCGCAGCGUUCGCAGUCUUCUAUAUGUCAUGGUCUAGUCUCUGUGCCUACAUGGAUGGCUAUUGGCCAUAUCCUAUUUUUGACAACCUUGCAUGUCCAUGGAAGUGUCUCCGUUUGAUGCUUAUUGCUAGUUCCAUUGGCCUCGUAUUCCAGCUCCUCAUUGCUGAGGUCCACAUCAGAGCAAGAGCCGUCAGAAAAAUCUGUGAUAGUUAAUUCUUUUCUCUCAGCAAUUGUAUGGAGCCCAUGAACCUUGCGAAUAGAAACAGGGUGCUUCUGCCAUCGUUACCCAUCAACAGCUUU